UCCAGACAGACGACGAUCUUCAAUUUUCCAUCACAACAUCAAGUAUUGAGACUCAUAUACGAAAAUCGGUUUCGGGUUUUCGAUCGCUGAUCUCAAGAAUUAAUCAUAGAUUUUGAUUUACAGAGUAGGAAGUUCCACUCAGGAAAUCAAUCAUGUUUACGCGGAUUUUUGGUAAGCCUAAACAGGAAAGCAAUGCCGUAGCAACAUUAGAUAAGUUGAAUGAGACACUUGAAAUGCUAGAGAAAAAGGAGAAAGUCCUAUUGAAGAAGGCUGCUACUGAGGUUGAAAAGGCAAAGGAAUUUACCAGAGCGAAGAACAAAAGGGCGGCAAUACAAUGCUUGAAAAGGAAAAGGUUAUAUGAACAACAGGUUGAGCAGCUCGGUAAUUUCCAAUUGCGCAUCCAUGAUCAGAUGAUAAUGCUAGAAGGUGCAAAAGCAACAACUGAAACUGUGGAUGCAUUGCGAACUGGUGCAGCCGCAAUGAAAGCUAUGCAGAAAGCAACGAAUAUUGAUGAUGUGGAUAAGACAAUGGAUGAGAUUAACGAGCAGACUGAGAACAUGAAGCAGAUUCAGGAAGCACUAUCCGCUCCCAUUGGUGCAGCAGCCGACUUUGAUGAGGAUGAACUUGAAGCAGAGCUUGAAGAAUUGGAGGGAGCUGAGUUGGAAGAACAGCUUCUUCAGCCUGCAACAACUGCACCUGCAGCUCCAGUGCAAGCCCCAGCCAGCAGGAUAUCAACUCGUCCAGCUGCUCAAAAGAAUACACCCGAGGAUGAUGAGCUUGCUGCAUUGCAAGCGGAACUGGCACUUUGAACAUGUAUCAACUCAUGGAGAGUGCACAAAUGUUAUGUAAAGAUUGGCUGUAGUCUGGUUACAUUGUGCCUGGGCUUCCUUCAUUCAUAAACUGCGGUCGUCAGUUUGCAUCCUCUGAUAAGACGACAUUGUAUAGGAGGCGUAAAGUAAAUCUCUUAACUCUCUAAAUCUGUACUGUACUUCCAUUAAGAAGUUUAAGAAGUUUGCCAAUUUAUUUGGAUUACUUUCUCUGUGAGUUCAUUUAUUUUGUGGCUCACUUUUAUAACUAAGUUAAAUCAUUUGAUAGGCUUGUUAUGGAUGAGAAAAGAAGGAUACAUCAACUGUA